AUUUCAGAUGAUGGAAGAACUAAACCAAUUCCAAAAAACAAGUCACAACAUACACAGAGAGCAGAAGAUUUAUGCUUAUUUCGGGCCAGAUUAGGUGAUAAAAAAAUCAGCACUGUGGUUCAUGCGAAAGAAGUGAAUAAAUUUCAGUUGGCUUAUGCAUCUGUUCUUAAGGCAAACAUGAUUCACCUGAAAAAACGCGAGCGUAAAACGGCAGUAGAAGGCAAGCGGAAAGUUGCCAGUACUAGUAAACCGAAAAAGACUUAG